AAUAGACAGGCGCGCCUCCUCCUCCAGACCUUCAGCCUUCAGAUUAUGAUCUCCGGGGCGGGAGAGGCGAUGGUCCAACCUUUGGACUCAUUGAUGAGGGGGGAGGCCGUGCACAAAGAGAAAAUCAGUUAAUGAAGCCAGUCCAUAAUGUUAUCUUCACCCACAUUCUGCAGUCUUUGGAUUUCGAAGCAAGCUUUAUUCGGUUAAUGGACAAAGUAACAAAUGGCUCCAGAAUUGAAAUAAAUGAAACUGGCACUACACUGUAUUACCAACCGGGUCUUCUGCACGGAGGGACAGUUGAACAUGAUUGCCAUCCACAGCGUUCCAUUGGUUAUUACCUAGAAGCCUUGCUCUGCCUAGCUCCAUUUUGUAAGAGACCAUUAAAAGCCAUCUUGAAAGGUGUCACCAAUGACCAAACGGAUCCUUCAGUGGACACUCUAAAAGCUACAGCACUGCCACUAAUGAAGAGAUUUGGUGUAGAUGGUGAAGGUUUUGAGCUGAAGGUAGUCCGGAGAGGAAUGCCUCCUGGUGGAGGAGGUGAGAUAUUCUUCUCAUGCCCAGUGCGACGAUUUUUAAAGCCCAUUCAGUUAACAGACCCUGGUAAAAUUAAACGGAUCAGAGGUGUGGCGUACUCUGUCAGGGUUUCUCCACAGAUGGCUAAUAGAAUUGUUGAUUCGGCCAGAAGUAUUUUAAACAAGUUCAUACCAGAUAUCUACAUCUACACUGAUCAUAUGAAAGGAGCAAAUUCAGGAAAGUCCCCAGGUUUCGGCUUGUCUUUAGUGGCAGAAACAACAAAUGGAACAGUUUUGAGUGCAGAGCUAGUUUCAAAUCCUUCGGGCCAAGGGUCACCUGUCUUGCCUGAGGACCUUGGGAAGAACUGCGCAAAGUUGCUUUUGGAAGAAAUCUAUAGAGGUGGCUGCGUAGGUUCAAUAAAUCAGAGUUUGGCCCUGCUAUACAUGACCCUUGGACAGCAGGAUGUUUCAAAACUUCAGAUAGGUCCACUGUCCCCUUACACGAUUGAGUUUUUGCGUCAUCUGAAGAGCUUCUUCCAAAUCAUGUUCAAGAUUGAAACCCAGCCCAUGGAAGAAAGGAAAGGUGGAGAGAAAGUGCUAAUGACUUGUAUGGGAGUUGGUUUCUCGAAUAUUAGUAAGAUUGUCACAUAGGAACAGCCAUUGUUGAAUUUCUGUUUGAGAUGGUUAUUUUUAUAUUAAAACAUUGGAAAACCUUCA